CAGGGACGUGGGGCUGAAGGGGCUGUGGGGACGGGACCCCCUGGGCGGUGGGUGGCUGGGGAGCAACGCUGGGCCCCGGGAUACCCCUUCACCCCCCCUCGCACCCGUCGCAAGGUCUGUGCCUCCAUUGUGCUGCCUGCUGCCCAGCAGGUCAGCCUGACCGCAGGGAGGGGAAAUAAACAGCCCCCAACAUCCCUGAAAUUGGCCAGGAGGAGGAAGAAUGGAGGUCCUAGAGGAGAAUGAUGAAGAGGAGCGAAGGGAAGAACAGCUGAUGAAGGCUUUAGAGAUCAGUGAUGAACUUCACAACAUAGAGACAAAGCUGUCUGUGGACCAAGUCUUUGUCCCAAGUGAUGUCUCUGACUUUGACUGGAGCUCCAUCGACAUAUCCCAGUUACCAUCCUUGUACAAGACAAACUCCCCAAGGGAAAAGAAGCUGCUGCGCAUUGCUGACCAUUACCUCCAGCAGUACACUCACCUCUGCCCUGACCGCAAGCCACUCUUUCUGUACCCGGUCAAUGAGUGUGGCAUCAAGAAGUUUGUGAGCACAACAGUGAGGCCAACCCUGCUGCCUUACACAGAGCUGUACCACUGGGAUGGCUGUGCCAGCUUUGUCUGUGAUUAUCUCACCAUGGAACCCCUCAAGUCCCCUCUCAUACCGCCCAGUUUGCUCUAUUCGCCAACCACCAUCCUGAAGUACCAGCGAGGAAACUGCUUUGACUUCAGUGUGCUGCUGUGCUCCAUGCUGAUUGGGGCUGGGUAUGAUGCCUACUGUGUGAAUGGGUAUGCCACUCACGACAUAUGCAGCCUGGACGAGACUCUGAAGGUGUGCCCACUGCUCAGGAAGCCACAGGAGGUCCCAAAGGAAAUAAUGAAGAAGUCCAACAAGUAUAGAGUUAAGUCCGCCCCAGACAUGCAGAGCAAAUUUGAGCUUCAGCAGGAGGCCAAGAAGAAAGCAGAAACUGAAGCCACCCAUAAGAACGAGGAAAGAGGAGAAGAGAAGGUCAUGGAAGUGGAAAAGCCCACGCAUGACCCUUUGUAUGGCUUACGGGUGCAUGCAUGGGUUUUGGUUCUGUCUGGGAAGAGGGAGGUUCCUGAGCCCUUCUUCAUCAACCCCUUCACGGGGAACAGCCACAGCACCAUGGAUGAGCACUUCCUUGGAAUUGAGAGUGUCUGGAACCACAAGAAUUACUGGGUGAACAUGCAGGACUGCCGGAACGGCUGCAAGGAUCUCAUCUUUGACUUGGGUGACACUGUCCGCUGGGAAAUUAUGCUUUCAGAGACUGACAAGCCUCUUCAGGUGCUCCUGGAUGCUGAGGAGGAAAAUGAGCUAUUUGACAGGAACAUGGAUGACAUAGAGGAGGAGGAGGAAGACACAAGUUUUGCCAUGCUGCCUUCAUGGGUAGCCCCUAUUCAGAUUUCUCCCAGAGAGUUUGAGACCCGUUGUUCCCAGGGGAAGAAGGUGAUUCUGUACAAGAAAGCAAAACUGGACAAAUGGGCACCAUACCUCAACAGAAAUGGGCUGGUGAAACGCCUCACUGUCUAUGCAGACUUACGCUGUACUGAAGUAGUGGAGGUGAGGGAGUGGUUCAAAAACCGAGAAGACAUGUUGGAUAUGAGAGAAUUGAAUAAACAAACACAGCUGACCACAGAGUACUUCAGCCCAGGACACCUCCUCGGUCUUAAAGUCCACAUCUAUAAGUCAAUGGAGCCAGAGACUGAACGUGUGAUGGAGUUUUACAAUGAGGCACGAGUCGAUGGCCUCCAGAAACGUGCUGAAAAUGCCAGUGAGAUAAAAGAGUACUUCGUGGGACGGGAUGACUUCAAAUACUUCCAGCACACACAGUUUGGCAAAAGAGGAAAGAAAAUAAGCGUGGCUGGUACCAGAACUGAUAUUAACUCCCGGCCUAUAGUGCAAAUGAAGGAAUGUUUCCACAGAAACCUAGAAAAGCCUGCUGAUGAAGAUGUAGCAGAACGUGUCUUUCUGAUCACAGAGGAGAUGAUCCACCUGACAUACCACCUCAAGGAUAAAUACAUUACUGCCUCAAAGAAGGAUUUCUUCAAACCGACAGAGAAUUAUAGGAAGCAAAGUGAAAUCAUGACCCCAGAAAUGUGCAUCACGUACCAGGCAGGGUCCUCUGUGAAAGACAAGAAGUUGCUACACCUGUACAAAUUGUUGCAAGAACUAACAGAGGAAGAGAAGCAGCUGAAGCAACAAGUUCGGCAAUCUGAAGCAGAGGUGCUAAAUAUUCUGAAAAUCCGUGAGAAUGAAGAAGCAGACAUUAAAUUGACAGUUUCAAUUUAUAAUACAGAGAGGAAUGAAAAGAGGAAACAACAAUAUGAAGCCACGAAGAAUGCAAUGGAGGAUGAAUUCCCAGUACAUGAGGAACAGGAUCUGGAUUACCUGGCACCUUUUCUUAUUCAAAUUGGCCAUCCUGAGAAAAUGACCAAGGGGCAGGUUCUGCGCCUCAGAGAUGACUGCCUGACUGAUUUUAAGAAUCGUCUCAUUGCUAAGGCCAAUAUCAUCCAAGCUCGCUUUGAAAAGGAGGUAGAAGAGCUGAAGAAGAAGAACCAGCAGUUUCAGGAAAAUCAGAGUCAGCUCAGCAGGGAGGAGGAGGCUGCCUUCCUUGCUGAUUACUCUGAAACCAUGUUCCGUAUCCACAUUGUAGCGUUAAGGCUCAACAGGGAAAAGCAGACAGCACCACAGAAAUACCUUGCUCUUGAAGAGAAACUGCGCAAGGACCCUCGCCUAGCUGUGCACCUCAGUCAUGCUUGAUUUCUUCUUUAUUCCUUCACAUCAGACACUGAAUCAGUGCUGAAGCCUGUUACAAGCUGCCUGAAAAAAAAUCAGGUCUUUCCUACUUGCUUGUAGUAAAUAUUGCAUUAUCAUCAGAUUAUGCUAAUAGCCUUUAAGCACCUUUUUCCAGAAUUCCAUUUUAAUGAACUUACACUAUUCCACUGUCUUUUUCUUCUCAC